GAUGCGAUUUUAUCAAAAAACUUCAAGAUCCGAAUUUCAUCGUCCAUCAACUUUUGCACUGCCAGCCACGCAGGGCGAAUGAGCUGCCGCUUGCAUUGACAGAUCAUUCUGCUCGUGCGAUUUAUUUCAUAUCUCAAGAAAAAAAAAUACUUAAUCCACUGCAGCCAUGGCUGCCCCCGUCGUCCCCCUCCCACAAGUCAAGCUUCCCGCGCUGCCUUCGACUCGUUUGACACCAGAGCAGCAAUACUGGAAGACCUUCAAGAAUCCCCUUCUCAUUCCCUCUCCGGCCAACGGGCCCAUCAAUCUCAUCACUCAGCCUUCAGCUCCGUCCUCCGCCUCCGCUUUUCCUUCCCUCACCCAACCUCCCGAUGUCUUCACCAUAACCACCGGCGCCCGCGUUCAGAUCUAUUCCAUCCGCACAAGAAAACUCCUCCGAACAAUCACCCGGUUCGAUGACACAGUCAGAGGCACAGACGUUCGUCCCGACGGUCGGGUCGUUGUGACUGGUGAUGAUACUGGUGCGGUGCAGGUGUUUGAUGUUGGAUCUCGUGCUAUCUUGAAGACAUGGAAGGAACACAAGCAACCCGUCUGGGUGUCCAAGUUCUCGCCUAGCGACCCUACCUCUCUUUUUACGACUAGUGAUGACCGAACCGUUCGAUUGUGGGAUCUUCCCAGCGAGAGCAGUGUUAGGACUUUCCAAGGACACACUGACUAUGUGCGAAGUGGUGGAUUCAUGCCGGGCUCGCUGGCAUCUUCGGGCUUGGUGGUUUCUGGUAGUUACGAUCGGACAGUGCGAUUGUGGGAUCCUCGGGUGGAGGCUCGAUCUGCGAUGACUUUCAAGAUGGGUGCCGCGAUCGAGAAUGUUCUGCCUAUGCCGACGGGCACAACGGUGCUCGCGGCCGCCGACAACAAGAUUGCAGUGCUGGAUAUUGUGGCCGGAAAGCCUUUGCAUAUGAUUCAGAGCCACCAGAAGACAGUGACUUCGCUUGCUCUGGCCUCGAAUGGAGAGAGACUGCUCAGUGGUGCUCUCGAUGGACACAUGAAGGUAUUCGAGACUACUGGAUGGAACGUUGUGUCUGGAUCCAAGUACCCGUCCCCUAUCCUCUCUCUCCGCGCCAUCACCUCUGGCCCAGCUCAAGAAGACAAGCACAUCGCGGUCGGUAUGCAGUCCGGCCUUUUGUCGAUCAAGACCCGACUCUCUGGACAGCAGAAGAUUCGUGAGAAGGAACGGAAACAGGAAAUGCAGGCCCUGUUGGAGGGUAAGCUGGAGGAGCAUGACAAAAAGGUCGCCAAGCAAAAUAAGCAGCGCGGAUCGGGCUGGGACAAGAGACUGCGUGGCCGGGACUUCAUUGGUGAGGGUGUGGACAUUGUGAUUGAAGGACAAGAUAGGAAAAAGCGCAAGGCUGAACAGAGCUGGGAGUACGAGCUUCGCAAGGCCCGUUACUCAGCUGCCUUGGACCAGGUCCUGAAUUCAAACGACAAAACGGCACAGCUGACACUCUUGACUGCCUUGCGCCAUCGCUCUGCACUCCGAGCGGCCCUCCAGGGCCGGGACGAGGUGACUCUGCAGCCAGUGUUGCAGUGGGUACACAGGAACAUUACCGAGCCGCGGCUGGUGGAUUUCAGCGUCGAGGUGGCUAUGAAUGUUUUGGAUAUCUACUCGGGCAACUUGGGCCAGUCGGCCAAGAUUGAUAAGAUGGUUGAGAGAUUGCACAAACGUGUGCGGGAUGAGGUGGAAAUGGCACACCAAGCCUGUCAGACCAAGGGCAUGCUGGAUAUGCUGAGAGCGUCGUGAAUGUGAUAAGACUUGCGAGUUUUCAUAACGACCUACACGGCAUCUGCGCAUCCCCAGUCAACGAACCCAGCUUGGAUGAUGAAGCAGUCGAUCCGGAUUCAGUCAGACACACUCCGGACUACUCAAAGCAGAGUCCAGGCCGGACAAAAAAGCAAU